CCCCCCCCCCCCCCGGCACAGCUACUGUAUCCGCCGCUGCCCCCAUGGACUUACUGGGCCCUAUGGAAAUGACGGAGGGCUCCCUCUGCUCCUUCGCAGCCGCUGAUGACUUCUAUGAUGACCCGUGCUUCAACACAUCAGACAUGCACUUCUUUGAGGACCUGGACCCCCGGCUGGUGCAUGUGGGGGGUCUGCUGAAGCCCGAGGAGCACCCACACCACCACGGGCACCCACACGAGGAGGAGCACGUCCGGGCACCCAGCGGGCACCACCAGGCCGGCCGCUGCCUGCUAUGGGCCUGCAAGGCUUGCAAGAGGAAGACCACUAAUGCUGACCGCCGUAAGGCUGCCACUAUGAGAGAGCGGCGGCGGCUCAGCAAGGUCAAUGAGGCCUUUGAGACUCUGAAGCGUUGCACCUCCACCAACCCCAACCAGCGCCUGCCCAAGGUGGAGAUCCUGCGCAACGCCAUCCGCUACAUUGAAAGCCUGCAGGCACUGCUGCGGGAGCAGGAGGAUGCUUACUACCCGGUGCUGGAGCACUACAGUGGGGAAUCGGAUGCCUCCAGUCCCCGCUCCAACUGCUCUGAUGGCAUGAUGGAGUACAGCGGGCCUCCUUGCAACUCCCGCAGAAGAAACAGCUAUGACAGCAGCUACUACACAGAAUCACCAAAUGAUCCAAAGCAUGGGAAGAGUUCUGUUGUUUCCAGCCUUGAUUGCCUCUCGAGCAUUGUAGAGAGGAUUUCCACAGAUAACUCCGCAUGUCCUAUACUGCCUCCAGUGGAAACUGUUGCUGAAGGGAGUCCCUGUUCCCCCCCAGAAGGAGCAAGCCUGAAUGACAGAGGAGCCCAGAUUCCUUCUCCCACCAACUGCACCCCACUUCCCCAGGAUAACAGCAGCAGCAACCCUAUCUACCAAGUGUUAUAAAGGCAGGUCCAAUGGACUGCGCCGAAAACGCAUUGCUCCACUCAGCCACACUCCGUGACCUAAGACUGAAAAGACUUAAGACUUUUUCCAGUUUUAGAAUACCACUCAAAAUUCCUUCAAAUAUAUAACUUUUCAAACCUAUAUUACUUCAAAAUACACAUAUAGUUAUUUAUUGGUUGUUAAACAAAAGUUAUUUAAUAUGUCUAGAGAUGAAAUUGUAUACCAUGAAAUGGCCAAUGUUUAAUCUGGGCUUUGGGGAAUAGGAAUCUGGUUCUUGAAUGUGGAGGAGAAUAUAACAGUAGUGGCAUGACAGAUCCUUCCUAUUACUCCUCUUCUGGCCAAAAUAAGGUUGUGGACCAUUUUUUAUAAAAUUCUUUUGUAUAAUUGUAAAUAAGAGUUGCUUUGCAAAAAAAAAGGGGGGGAGGAAAAAAAAAGCAAAAAUGAAAAAAAAGGGAAAAAAUAUUUAAUAUUGCUUGGUUUGUUGUGUCAAACUUUAUAUAUUUAUACAAUGUGGUUGCCAAGAAUGUUUCCAACAGUAUUCUAAAUAAAGACCCUUAUUUAUAAAA